GUUUCUUCCACAAAUCUUAAACCCACAUAAUCUUAUCUCAUAUUUUUUUUCUUUAUCUAUCAACAAUUCAACAUGCACCCCACGUUCAAUGAACUCAGCACAAAAAAAGAAAAUAAAACCAACUCAAACCCCAUCAAAUAAUCACCUCCAACCCUUUUUUUCUCUCUUCAAACUCUCAAAACUUCUAAAAGAACAAAAUGCACCAUUUCUUUUACAAUAACUCCUAUUUCAUGAAGGAACAAAGUUCUUUCUGGUUUCUUUCUUCACCCUCCAUGUUUUGUUCUUGCUUGAAAAUAUAACCAUUACUCCUUGGAAGAAAGCCAUAGAUACAAAGAAUUCUGUGUUAGACAUCAUUAGGAGAUAUAUUUGUAUAUUAUUCAAAAGAAGAAAGAAGGAAAGAAAGAAAGAAAAGAUGGUGAAGGCAUUGGAACAAGAAAAUGAAAGUUAUAAAUCCAAACUAUUCCAUUUCAAAGGAAUGUUUGAGAACACAGGUAGGCAUACAAAGAGUUUGAGCAUUGAGAGUGCUAGCAAAUUGGAUGUGGCUGAAGAAGAUAUAGUUUCAUCAAAGAGUCAAGGUUCAAAGCUCAAUGAAUUAGAUAAAAACAAAAACAAUAAUAAUAAGAGUCCUGCUGCUGCUCCAGCUAAGCCAAGGGUUAUGAGCAAGGAAGAAAUUGAACUCAAAGAACAAAAAGAUAAGCUACUGCAGGAAAUGGAACAAAUGAAGGAGAGAUUUGCAAAGUUGCUAUUGGGUGAAGAUAUGUCUGGUGGUGGAAAAGGUGUUUCAUCUGCAUUGGCCUUGUCAAAUGCGUUCACAAAUCUUGCAGCUUCGAUUUUCGGAGAGCAACGACGCCUAGAGCCGAUGCCUCCAGAGAGGAAAGCAAAGUGGAAAAAAGAAAUUGAUUGGCUUCUAUCAGUUACUGAAUACAUUGUUGAGAUGGUUCCUCAACAACAAAAGAACAAGGAUGGCACAACCAUGGAGAUCAUGACGACGCGACAAAGAACUGAUCUCCACAUGAAUAUCCCUGCCUUAAAAAAGCUUGAUACAAUGCUUCUUGUAAGUAGUUUCAAUUUCCAAGAGAAGCAAGAGUUCUAUUAUGUAAAGAAGGAUGCUUCGGAUGAUUCGGAGAAAGAUGGAGGGAAGAAUGAUGACAAGUGGUGGUUGCCUACACCUAAGGUUCCAGUAGAUGGUUUAUCUGAGGCAUCAAGAAGGUUUCUGCAGUACCAAAAAGAUAGUGUCAACCAAGUCCUCAAAGCAGCCAUGGCCAUAAAUGCUCAAACUCUAUCAGAAAUGGAGAUCCCUGAAAGCUACAUUGAUUCCCUACCCAAGAAUGGAAGAUCAAGUCUAGGCGAAUCGAUCUACCGGAGCAUUACAGUUGAGUUUUUUGAUCCGGACCAGUUCCUAUCAACUGUGGACUUGUCAUCAGAACACAAGAUCCUUGAUCUGAAGAACAGAAUUGAGGCUUCAAUGGUAAUUUGGAGGAGGAAGAUGAACCAAAAGGACUCAAAAUCAUCUUGGAGUUCUGCUGUGAGUCUGGAGAAAAGAGAACAAUUUGAAGACAGAGCAGAAACCAUCUUGCUUCUCAUUAAGCAUCGUUUCCCCGGAGCUCCUCAAUCUGCAUUGGAUAUAAGCAAAAUCCAAUUCAACAGGGAUGUGGGGCAAGCUUGUCUCGAAAGCUAUUCAAGAAUCUUGGAAAGUUUGGCCUAUACAGUGCUUUCAAGAAUAGAAGAUGUACAAUAUGCAGAUCAACAAACUCAAAAUCCUAGGAAGAGUAAUGCUGCAAAGAGCUCAAUUCCAAGGCCUCCAACAACUCCUAAAGAUGAUGUAGACAGUGGUUCGAUGACCCUCUCGGAUUUCAUGGGUUGGAAUGGUGGUGAUCACAGUAAUAAGGAUCCUUUCGCGGCUACAGACGACUUCUACAAGGAUAUUGACAAUGGAAAAGGCCAGAAGCUUCCAAAUGUAACGACUGAUAAGAAGGUUUCCUAUCUUGAUUCCUUGGGAGGUAUGAGAAGUCCAACUUCGCGCCAUUAAUGCCGCGAAAUGGAGGACUAAUAGUAUGACAACUGAUGAAACUGGUUCCGAAAUAGGGAAGCAGGGAAAGCAAGGUAGAAGAGUAUAUCUAUCUAUAUAUAUUUAUAAAUAUAUAAAGUCUUCAAGAAGAACAAUUAGGCCUCCAUUGAGGGUGUUCUUCAAAGACUUGAUUGAUUAUUAUUUGAUAACUAUUAAUUUUAUCUUUCAAUUUGUACAUAGAAGUGAAUAUAUACAAAAGCUGAAUGUUUGUAACAUAUUGUAUCCUCAGUGUAGGAAGGAUUUGUAGUCAUGCAGCUGCAAAGAUGAAUUCAAAGAAUUCUCAUUGUAUAUGUACUAUUACAAAAAAAAAAAAAACAUGUUAUUUAUUAACUAAAUAGCUUCCAAAAAUUGUGGAAUGAAAAGCAUUGUUCUAAAUAUAUUUGAUUCCAUUGUUUCUCUGAUAUUGGUAUGUGGAUAUUUAGGUCUUAAUUAGAAAACCAAAGCAAUGCAUAAGGCUGAUGAAAGUAAAAAUUAAACAUGUUUGAA